CUUUCUCCCUUUGACGUGGCCGGAAGCCGGAAGCAAAUCUCUGUUAUGUGAAGAAAGCAAGAUGAUCGCGGAUCUCUUAAUAUUCGGGACUUUACUGGUGAAUGCAGGGGCUGUACUGAACUUCAAGCUAAAAAGGAAAGAUUCCCAAGGAUUUGGCGAUGAGCCGAGAGUGCCAACAACAGGUGACAAUAUCAGAGAAUUCCUUCUCAGCCUGCGAUACUUCCGGAUUUUCAUUGCGUUAUGGAACAUCUUUAUCAUGUUCUGCAUGAUCGUAUUAUUUGGUUCAUGAUCACCGACUACAGGAAUCUGAAACGUGCAUUUUUGAAACAGACAGUCUAAAUAUAUCUGAUGGGAUGGGUUUUUGGUUUGUUUUAGUCAAUUAAACUAUAAAAAUGUUCCAUUUUAUUCACCACGCUACAUUUUUGGAUCUAUUUCUGGCUAUGUGGAAAAUAUUGACUUGUUUUCAACUUGGUUUAAUCAUUAAUUAUGAUCAAUGCUGCCUUUUUCACCACACGUGUGAGUCAUUUUCUACGUUACCAUAUAAACGCAUAUUAGAAUAUUUUUGUUCUGCAAGCUGAUUGUAAACCUUCAACAGAUGACAGCACGCGGUACACGAGCAUAUAAACAACCCUGCCCUCUGCUGGUAAUGUGUUGCCAUGUGCUCUAUAUGGUUUAUUGUACAGUAGUUAAAGCUUUAGACAGCAAUAGGAAUUAAAUGAUAAAUGAUUUUAUCUAGCACAAUUUUCUCAUGAGUAACGUUCAGUCCCUUACACAUUAUAAAGAGAUACUGUAGGUCUUUCUGAAAUGUCCAUAAUUCAACCUACAAAGACAAUAAUGUCAAGGCUGGUUCCAGAAGUCAGAACGAUCUCUGACACAUAAUAAGUAAUGUCACCCUAAAUGGCUCUCCAUUUUUCUCAACUAAUGUCGUGGAUUAUUUACAUUUUCUUUGACCUUAGACACCUUUUAC